AUGGGUAAGAUACCUCACGAACUAAUUUUAUGGAAUAACAUGGAUGUGCAGAUUGCCGGAUAUGUGUCUGGAAUGCGGUUGAUGGCAGUCUGGGAUGGAACCUCAUUGGUUGUUUCCGAUGAGGUCGGCCAGGUCUACCUUUUUUCUACGGGAGCACCACCAAGUCAAGACGACGAAGAUGCGAAAUACGACCAGUUUUUUCUUGGAGAUUAUCGGCCUCUUGUUCGAGAUACUCAUGGAAACGUUCUCGAUCAGGAAACUCAGUUGCCUCCUCAUCAAAGGAAUCUUCAAGAUCUCUUGUGCGAUGCAAGUUGCUACUGGCAACCACCAUCAGUUCAGCUCGCAGUGGGAACGUUUGAUGAUCCAGCGUUUAUUCCUCAAGAUCAGCCUCAAGCAGUAGUUGCCGCUCUACAAGCAAUCGAGCAAACAAACCAGCAAGGCAACAGAUGGGUAGAACAACCGGCGGAUGGUGAGGCAAUGGACUGGGAUGAAGAAGUCACUGGAUUGAGUGACGAUUCUGGUUCUGAUUACUGCGUACUCGCAACCUUGGUGAGGAAGCAAAAGCGCAGGCGCUUGGAGGAGUCAAACAAUGCUCUUUUGAUGCCUGAGGAAAUGCAGAGGCUGAGGUCUAGAAAGCGGAUAAGAAAGUCAAACCCAGACCAUGCAUUGAGGCCUAUGAGGAUGGCAGCUCGGAAUGCGUUGACCAUGUUUUCGAGCUUACAUGAGUACGAAGACGACGAAGCACGCCGCCUGGCCGCUGAGGAUGCCAAAAGACCUGGUACAUCUGGAGAGAACGAGAACCAGAGGCUUCUACGCAACGGGAAAGUUCUUACAGAAACUCAGGAACGUGAAGACGAUGAACCUCCGAAGAAGAGUCCCGCAGAGACUUCGGAUGUGGGUGAAUGCAGGCGGCCAAGGUCUCAGCGAAAGUUAGUACUCAAGUUGAGAAACUGUGCACAAACGUCCAACAACGAGGAUACUUUUCGGAGCCUCGAAAUACCAGAACAAGGCACUUCUAAGGUCCCCGUGGCCGAGGCUAAUGACAGUCAUCCAGAAACAGAUGGUUUUAUCGCGGACGAGAAUCCCACUGAAGCUGUUUCGUCUGACGACAAACAGGGAUACAUAUGGAAGAAGGGGAAAGCAGCCAAGCGUGCUCGCAUGCCUUAUCACAGCAGCAGCAGCUCCGAAGAGGAUAAACUGGUAGACGUUCCUUGUGAUACCAAGAAAGGCCUUGAAGCGACUCGUGUAGAAAACGGAGACACAAAGGUGGUGGCAAGGGCGAUCAUUAGCGAGUCCGAGUCGGAGAGGUCUCUUUCAGCUGACUACCGUGACGAACAGCAGAGACGAGAGCAGAAUCACACUCUUAUGAGCAAUGAGUCCUUACAGAAUGGAGAAGCUCCAGAUGGUGACAAUGACCCUGAUUACCACGAAGAGGUUUCACCCGGCAGUAACAGUGAGUCGCUGGAGGAUGCUUACAAGCCCGAGGAAGAGCAGGCAAGUGAGGACCUGGACGUGGACGAUAUACAAAUGAAGCGCAAUAUGAACAAGGCCGUCUACUCAAGGAGAAGGCCUCGCAAAGUUGCGACUAAGACCGAGUGUUAUGAGGCCGACGAGCACGCUUCAGGUGGCCGCAGGAGAAGUACACGGCUGGGGCAGGGUCGCGUGGUUAACAGCAGGUCCACAAGAAGCAGGAGAAACGUCGGCCGUUCCUCACACUGGGAAGCUAGCUCGUCUUACGACGACUCGGACUGGGAUAGAAGCAGCGACGACGAUGGACGCCGAAAGCCCGAAAGAAGAACUUCGAGCAGACUUAAAGUGAAGCUGCAGAAGAACGUUGGGUCGAGGUACAAGGAUUUCCACGUGAGGAGAAACCUGAGCACGGUGCAUCGGAGUCCGAGCAACGUGUCCUGGUUACUCUUGAUAGAGGUGGAGCGGACGCGCUACAUCCCACAGUAUGGUGAUGAGGUGGUGUACUUCCGACAGGGACAUCAAGACUACUUAGACAACAAGCGGCUCGACGACGAUGGUCCCUGGAGAAGCGUGAAAAGGGAACUGCAAGCGGUCGAGUUCUGCGAGAUCACCGGACUGGAGUACAUCAUUCUCGAGGUGUCGGGGAACACUUGUUGCCGGCUGACUCUUGAGUUCAUGGACGGGUACAGGAUUCGCGGCAGCAGCUUCAGCGUCGACUUGCCGGAGCUGACAGACUUCGCCGACUUUAUAGUGGAGAGAAGCCGCUACGAGGCCUCCAUGGCCAGGAACUGGUCCAGUCGGGACAAGUGGAGGUCGGACGAGGAAGAAGGUGGUCGCUGGUGGGAAGGGACGAUAACUCAGGUGAAGGCAAAGUCGCCCGAGUUUCCAAACAGCCCCUGGGACAGCAUCAGUGUGCUGUACAAGGACGAGCCAUCGACGACGAACCACUGCCCCUGGGAGCUUCACGACGUUGAGAAUCCUUUAACUUGGGAGUCGCCACAGAUCGAGCAGGACAAGGUGCGUGAGCUGCUCGACAUCGUGGACGAGGUGCUCCACUCGAACCAAUCCAAGGACGAGUAUGGCUUGUGGAGGUUGCAGCAGGCCGUGAGCAAGCCGGAUUUUCUUGACAGGAUUGCGCUACCAAUCUCCAUGGACGUGAUUCGCGAGCGGCUGGAGAACAACUAUUAUCGUAGCGUGAUGGCGGUGUCACACGACCUUGGAUACUGAUCGACAACUUCCGGACAUAUUUUGGGAAACAGCAUUCGUCGGUGCUCAAGGUGGAGCGGCUGAGAGAACGCUUCUCUGAGGCACUGCAAAUGUGAGCUUUGUAAAAAAUUUCUCGAGGUCUUAGU